UCCUUGCUAAGUGCACCGCAUCUGAUCUGGACGCGGCUACUUAUUUCUCUCCCACUGGUGAGAAGCAGACACUUAUUCUGAGGAAACAUCGGGAAAAAAUGUCGUGUUUUGGGGAAAGCUAAUGAAAAUAUCCGUUUUGCCUAUUUUUUUGUAUUUUUUUUUUAGAGUUAAAAUAGAGAAAUGGUGCUACCAUUGAGGCUUCUUUUGUUAUAUAUCUGACUGACUCAAUGAUGGCGAAAAGUCCAGAAGGUGAAGUGGCCCUCAGGGACUCAAAGGCUCGUUUCCAUAGCUACCUCCAUGGCGGGACCUCCAGCCUGCUCUCCACCCUUAUCGUCUUCCCCGUCUACAAGACUGUCUUUCGCCAACAAAUCCACAACAUCCAGGUUCACCAAGCCGUGGAGCAGCUCCACAAGGAAGGCCUUCUAAAGCUCUACCGGGGCGUGACUCCGCCUCUCCUGAUGAGGACCCUGAAUGGGACGCUCCUCUUCGGCCUGCAGGAUACCUUCCUCCGCCUGCUCUCCGGGCCGUCCAUCAUCCCCCAGUCCUUCCUCCCGGCUGUGGCCGGCCUCGGCGUAGGCCUGGUGGAGGCGGUGGUCUUUACCCCGUUGGAGCGUGUUCAGAACGUGCUGCAGAGCGGACACAACGACCGCCGUCUGCCGACGCUGAAGAGCGUUCUGGUCAAGCUGAAGGCGCAGAGGUUGUCCUCGGGCUACUACCGCGCCUUCCUGCCCGUUGCAGCCCGCAACUCUCUGGGCAGCGGUCUUUACUUUGGCUUAAAGGGACCCCUGGGUGCCGCCGUGGCCGGGCAGGGGCUCUCGCCGUUGGCGUCGUCCUUCGUUUCUGGGACGCUGACCUCCAUGGCCAUCAGCCUGAGUUUGUACCCGCUGUCCGUGCUGGUGGCCAACAUGCAGGUCGGCGUCCAGGCGGAGGCGAAGGGGGUCACGGCCUGCUGGAGGAUGCUGUGGAGGUCCCGGGAAAGGAGCGUGGUCUUAUUGUACCGGGGCGGGGCCCUGGUUGUUCUGAGGUCAUGCAUCACCUGGGGCAUCACCACUGCCAUCUAUGACCGGCAACAAAAACGCUCAGGCUGAGGACACACCACACAGACUUUGGUUUACCGGUAAAGUACAAAACCCCAAAACUAGUGAAGUUGGCACGUUGUGUAAAUCGUAAAUAAAAACACAAUACAAUGGUUAGCAAAUCCUUUUCAAAUGAUAUUCAAUUGAAUAGACGGCAAAUACAAGAUAUUUAAUGUUCCAACUGAGAAACUAAAAUGUUUUCUGUACAAAUAAUCAUUGACUUAGAAUUUAAAGGCAGCAACACAUCCCACAAAAGUUGGCACAGGGCCAUUUUUUACCACUGUGUCUCAUGGCCUUUCCUUUUAACAACACUCAGUAAACGUUGUUCAACAUUGUCCGUUGUGGUAUUUUACGUGUCAUAAUUUCAAUGGGAGACAGGUCUGGACUACAGGUAGGCCAGUCUAGUACCCGCACUCUUUUACUAUGAAGCCACGCUGUUGUAACACAUGGCUUGGCACUGUCUUGCUGAAAUAAGCAGGGGCGUCCAUGAUAACGUUGCUUGGAUGGCAACAUAUGUUGCUCCAAAACUUGUAUGUACCUUUCAGCAUUAAUGGUGCCUUGACAGAUGUGUAAGUUACCCAUGCCUUAGGCACUAAUACACCCCCAUAACAUUACAAAUGCUGGCUUUUGAACUUUGCGCCUAGAACAAACCGAAUGGUUCUUUUAAAAAACAAUUAGAAAUGUGGACUCUUCAGACCACAGAACACUUUUCCACAUUGCAUCAGUCCAUCUUAGAUGAGCUCGGGCCCAGCGAAGCCAAAGACAUUUCUGGGUGUUGUUGAUAAAUGGCUUUUGCUUUGCAUAGUACAGUUUUAACUUGCACUCACAGAUGUAGGGACCAACUGUAGUUACUGACAGUGGUUUUCUGAAGUGUUCCUGAGCCCAUGUGGUGAUGUCCUUUACACACUGAUGUCGGUUUUUGAUGCAGUACCGCCUGAGGGAGCAAAGGUCUGUAAUAUCAUCGCUUACGUGCAGUGAUUUCUCCAGAUUCUCUGAACCUUUUGAUGAUUUUACAGACCGUAGAUGGUGAAAUCCCUAAAUUCCUUGCAAUAGCUCGUUGAGAAAUGUUCCAAAACUGUUCGAUAAUUUGCUUACAAAGUGGUGACCCUCGCCCCAUCCUUGUUUGGGAAUGAUUGAGCAUUUCAUGAAAGCUGCUUUUAUACUCAAUCAUGGCACCCACCUGUUCCCAAUUAGCUUCUUCAACUGUGGGAUAUUCCAAAUAAGUGUUUGAUGAGCAUUACUCAAGUUUUUCAGUCUUUUUUGCCACAAUCCAAAUGGUUCUUUUCCCCUUUUGGUCCAAAAACUAUUUGAAAUGUGGACUCGUCAGACCACAGAAACACUUUUCUACAUUGCAUCAGUCCAUCUUGGAUGAGCUCGGGCCCAGCGAAGCCGGCGACAUUUCUGGGUGUUGUUGAUAAAUGGCUUUCGCUUUGCAUAGUACAGUUUUAACUUGCACUCACAGAUGUAGGGACCAACUGUAGUCACUGAGAGUGGUUUUCUGAAGUGUUCCUGAGCCCAUGUGGUGAUGUCCUAUACACACAUAUGUCGGUUUUCGAUUCAGUACCGCCUGAGGGAUCCAAGGUCACAGGCAUCUAACCGACGUUGGAUGGUGAAAUCCCUAAAUUCCUUGCAAUAGCUCGUUGAGAAAUGUUGUUCUCAAACUGUUCGACAAUUUGCUCACGUAUUUGUUCCCAAAAAGGGUGACUCUCGCCCCAUCCUUGUUUGGGAAUGACUGAGCAUUUCCUGGAAGUGAUGUUCAAAAUAAGUGUUUGAUGAGCAUUCCUCAACUUUCUCAGUCUUUUUUUCCGCAAUCCGAAUGGUUCUUUUCCCCUUUUGGUCCAAAAACUAUUUGAAAUGUGGACUCGUCAGACCACAGAAACACUUUUCUACAUUGCAUCAGUCCAUUUUGGAUGAGCUCGGGCCCAGCGAAGCCGGCGACAUUUCUGGGUGUUGUUGAUAAAUGGCUUUCGCUUUGCAUAGUACAGUUUUAACCUGCACUCACAGAUGUAGGGACCAACUGUAGUUACUGACAGUGGUUUUCUGAAGUGUUCCAGAGCCCAUGUGGUGAUGUCCUUUACACACUGAUGUCGGUUUUCGAUUCAGUACCGCCUGAGGGAUCCAAGGUCACAGGCAUCUAACCGACGUUGGAUGGUGAAAUCCCUAAAUUCCUUGCAAUAGCUCGUUGAGAAAUGUUGUUCUCAAACUGUUCGACAAUUUGCUCUCGUAUUUGUUCACAAAAAGGGUGACUCUCGCCCCAUCCUUGUUUGGGAAUGACUGAGCAUUUCCUGGAAGUGAUGUUCAAAAUAAGUGUUUGAUGAGCAUUCCUCAACUUUCUCAGUCUUUUUGUCACUUGUGCCAGCUUUUUUGGAACAGGUUGCAGGCAUCCAAUUCCAAAUGAGCGAACAUUUGCAAAAAAUCCACUUCGAACGUUAGAUAUCUUAUCUUUGCAGUCUAUUCAAUUGAAUAUAAGUUUAAACGGAUUUACAAAUCAUUGUAUUCUGUUUUUAUUUACGAUUCACGCUACAUCACAACUUCACUGGUUUUGGGGUUUUGUAUAAAACGCCACCGGGAUUUUACUUUAUUGUAGUUGUAUUUUACUGAUUGGUUUCACGUUUUACCUGAGUAACAGAAUAUUGCGUUCGAUGUUUUACGAUAACGCGGAUUACUGCCGGACAACAAAAGAUUGUAUUGUUGAACAUGUUAAAAAUUACCGAUUUGUGUAGUGCAGGGGUGUGCAAACAUUUUCCACUAAAUAAUGAAAGCAUGCAGGGGCUAUUUUGAUAUUGUUCAUUUUCAAAACCAUUAGGGCUCCCCUCAAUUUUGGUAAACCUUAAACGUCUCAGUCAAUAAAGUGUUAAAAAUAAGUCAAAUGUUAAUCAGUACAGUUUGGACACACCUUCCAAAUCAAUGUUUUCUU